AGAAAAGAAAAGAAAAGAAAAGAAAAGCGGGUUUUAAUGACUUUAAAAAGGUUAAGUGAAGUAGACAGGCUUGCUCUUAUCAUCCGGAACCCCUUUUCCAUGGUGGAAGCAUCCACGCUACUCGAUAUGAGGAGGCAUGCUGUGGUAACGGGAGCAAACAAAGGGAUCGGAUUGGAGAUUUGCAGGCAGUUGGCCUCGAAAGGGGUGACUGUGGUCUUAACUUCAAGAGACGAGAAGAGGGGUCUGGAGGCCGUUCGCAAACUAAAACAAGAAGGAUCUGCUCCUCUGCCGGGUGAAGUAGUUUUUCAGCUGGACAUUCUGGUGAACGAUGCUGGGAUUAGCAGAAUUGUUUCUUAUUUUCAUGCCCUUCAAGAAGCUGUCGAGCGCAUUGGUGGUUGGGUAAGUCUUCAUGCUAUCCCAGAUAGCUUUUCACUUGCAUAACAAAAUAUAGAGAAUAAUGAAAAAAAGGAAGACAAUCAAGUUUGACAGAACUGGAAAUAUGUUUAUCCUUUUGAUAUAGCCAACUGAUGACCGGGUAUGAAAAACGUUGGCAACCCAAAAUUACAAAUUGGCAGUAGAAUACCUGGAAACAAACUUCUAUCGUGCAAAAAGAGUGACCAAAGGUCUCCUUCCCUUGCUUCAACGGUCGCAUUCUGCAAGGCAAUGUCUCUUCAAAGUUGGGACUCCUGCAGGUAGCCUAGUAAUAUUCUUGGACUUUCCAGUUAUAUUCGGAGGUAAGAUAUGCUUGAACUUUGGCUGUCCAAUUCAAUUUUGCGUACUCAUGAUUCGAUUCAUCUUUCGCAUUUUGGACCUUGAACUGCUUCUCAUCAUAGUUGGGAGUCGAGAGAACUCAAGGAACUUUCCUGUACCUGAGGUGUGGAUCACUAUUUUCCCCCGAAUUCUUAGUGAAACUAACGUCAAUGUCUUUACCAUUAUCAGAAUAUUCCAGGAAAAUCAAUUACAGAUGCCCUUGAAGAUGUCGAGAACCUCACAAGAGAUCGAAUAGAUGAGCUCCUCAAGGAUUUUCUGGAAGAUUUCCAGCAAGGUCAAUUAGAAGCCGAAGGCUGGCCUGAGAACCUCUCCGCAUACAAGCUGUCGAAAGCAGCCUUACAUGAGGCUCCUAGCAAAAGAGUUCCCGUAUCCUUCCUGGUGAACAGCAUUUGCCCGGCUUUGUCAAGAUGGAUAUAACUGGCAACAAUGGAGUUCUUAGCGCUCCAGAAGGAGCAGAGAGCCCUCUACACUUAGUCUCUUCUCCAAGAAACUGGGCCCUCCGGUCUCUUCUUCUCCCGGGAAAAAAGUCUGUUCUUUCUGAGAAACAUAGGUUAUCUAUUGAAUAUCUGGCAAUAAGACCAAAUAUUAUUUGCCAAAAGAGUACAACCUAUAUCUAUAUAUCUAUAUAUAUAUAUAUAUAUAAAGUUCCGAGCUUAAUUCU